AUGCAUUCUUUAGCAAAGGAUACUCAAAACGACAAAACCACUGCGGCUGUGCUGCACCAGCAAAAACAGGCUUUUGUGGAAGCUUUCAAAAUACCAUACCAGGAUCCAUUGAAAAUAGUCGAACGAUUUCGGGACUACAUCAAUAAGAAACACGCGUAUUGGUUUGCUAAUAAGAAAAAUCACUUACCUUAUGGAACGCUCUUUCAGAGUUCUGGCUAUGGAAAAACUCGCCUUAUUGAGCAGAUUGCAAUGAAAAUUCCCACUUUAUAUGUGUGUUUACGCCCCAGGCGAAGUACAGGAUAUCCGCCUGCUACGCCUUAUGCACCAGAGAUCUUUGAUAGUCUAGGACAGAUCUCAGGUGGAGAGGAAUGGCGGUUUAUGUUCAUUCUUUGGCACGCUAUCAAAAAACUGCAUGGAUAUUCCCUCAACGAAUCAGCUGAGAACCUCUGGAAAUGGCAACUGGAUUACGAAUGGUGCAAUAAAUUCUGGAAAGAGGUAUCGGAAGCCAGUAAAGACUGGAAGAAAGUUGACCGGAAGGAUGCGAACCUCGAUGUGGAUAAAUUCCUGUUCACAGAUAAUUCUGACAAUCAAAUCAAAAUUCUCUUAUGUAUUGAUGAAGCACGAUCCCUCAUUGAUUCUGUGCAAGAUGAUGGUUGUACUCAAUUUCGAUUGCUUAGAAGAGCUAUGAGACAUAUCGGGUGGAAUGGAUUCUUCGUCCUCUUUUUGGACACUUUUAGCAAAAUUUCUAACUUUACACCACCCUCAUCAGCAGACCCAUCUGCAAGAAAGGACGACCUAGGAUUUGAAUUAUUUCAUCCUUUUAUUAGACUUACGACGAUGGAUAUAUUUGAAGGCAAAACAGAAGAUCCAGCAGGAACGUCUGAAGAAGGUCAAAUUGUCCAAUUGGCAAGGCUGGGGAGACCGUUAAUUUACAGCUAUUUUGAUGUCAAACGGACAAGUUCUUCAACUGAAGUAGCCCUUAGAGGACUGGUAUCACUAUUGCAGAUUAAACUCUUUGGUGGAGUAAAUGCUUUCAAAGACAGCAAAAAAAAGAUGUCCAGUAUUGCCAUUUUGUCAGUACUUGUUUGUUUGGAUAUUUCACCGCAGUCAAAAAUUGCUUCUGAUCUUGUGGCAUUGCAUAUGGCAACGUGUGUUGCAGUAUCACGUGACAGGGAGCGCUUGUUAGUUCGUUAUCCCUCGGAACCUUUAUUAGCAGAAGCAGCAUUAUCUGCUAUUACUAAUAAUGAUACGUUGGUUUGUGUUCUGCAGAAGUUUAAUGAGAUGCUGAAAAAAGGGUUCGUGGAUGCAGGCCCUCGUGGAGAAGUGGUGGCACGAAUUAUCCUAAUUCUUGCAAUGAGGUCUAUACAGGAAAAGAAAGAAUGGAAAUCAACCGUCAUCACAGUCAAACGGCUAAUGGAAUUAUUGGAUCCUGCUGCAGUUGAUGACCUACAACAUUUUGUAGAUGCAACUGUGGCUUUUACACACUUCAUUCCCAUAACAUAUGCCCCUAAAACAUGUUCUUUGAAAGAAUAUUAUCAACGACGAUGUGCUGUAAUUCUUAAGCGCAACAACCCCGGUGCAGACAUUAUGAUCCCUGUAAAACUAUCUGAAGACCGAUACUCCUAUAUCCUCAUUCAAGUGAAGAACUAUGCAUCAAGUGACCGGAAUGCAGACAAGAGCUAUCCAGAGUCUGGUUCAUCCAAAUUAACUUCACGGUUCGUUUUUCGAAAAUCAGAUCUCAAAGAUCAUGGAGAGCAAUACAUCACUUUAUAUUGGCAACUCGGAUUCCAGGGACAACUCAGAGAGGUUCCACCAAUCCGCAAGUCCAAACGCCAAAAACUUGAAGAAGAACAACAACACCCUUUUGCACACUUUGGAUUGAAUUUCUUCAAAUUUCUUGAUCCCACUGUCAAAGAAGAGUUAGCAGACCUUUUGGGCGCCUUUAUUUCACCAUUUGAUGAAGCGUGGAGGUUCGAAAAUGAGGAGACAGGCGAUUAUUGGUCUGAGGAACAAAUUGUGGCCCAAGAUCCCCUUGUUUACGAGUCUAGUAUUUCAUCACUAACGUGA